AUGACAAUCAAAUUUAAAGUUAAGGAUAAAGAUGGUGCAAGUAGUGUUACAAUCAAAUACAGCAUUAACAACAAUGAAUAUCAAACUUUGAAGAGAGUUAAUGAUGUAACAUCAUCAGAUAAAGAAUUUUCUGCAACAUUAAAUGUUCCAAAUGAUCUUCGAGAAGGAGAUAAUAACAUUUCAUUGAUUGCAAAUGAUGGGUAUCUUGAUAGUGAACCAAACUCAUCAACAUUCAAAUUUGAAUUCAACAGUCCUACAAUCGACAUCGAUGAAACACCAGAUAAUCAAGAGUUCAAGAAGACAUAUAAUGAAACAUUUCAUAUUAAAGAAAAAUAUCAAGAUGAAGAUGGAAGUGGAAAUGUCACUAUUUACUAUCAAUUUGAUGGAAGAGAAGCUAAUAAAACAGGAAAUGAACUUGUUAUUUCAUCGACUGAAUCUCAAACACUUUCUAUUGAUGUUCUAUUCCCAUCAGAUUUCGAAGAAAGAAAUAAUCAUACUAUAAAAAUAUGGGCAAUUGAUGAAACAAAUAAACAAUCAAAUCAAAUAACAAGAAACUUCUCAUACAAAUACAAUGAUCCAGUUUUCAUAUUAUACAACUUCACUAAUAAUAAAUUCAUUCGAGGAAGUCAACUCAAGAUCGGCUUUAAAUAUGAACAUCAAGACAACACUCAUUUGAAGUCACUCAAUAUAUCAUUUGAUGGGAAAUACAAUAUCAGUUUAGAUAAAAUUAUUUCAGAUUCUUCAAUUAAUACCAUGGUUACAACAAUUCAGAUUCCCAAAGAAAUUAAAACCGGAGAUCAUAAAUUAUAUAUUUCUGGAUGUGAUGUUCAUUAUCAUUGCAGUAAAUCAAAUAAAGUUGAACUCAUAAUUCUUAAACCAUUAUCAACUAAAGAAGUUGAUUUUGAGUUUGUUCGUAAUUUCAAGAUCCGACCAAAGCAAUAUUAUUAA